GUAAACACCACACGUCGAAAUAGAGCAUCACACUCAACGCCACCGAGUCCGUUCCACCGACAGAGCACAUCCGUGAAAAUCAGUCUACUGUGUUUUCUAGUGAACUCUCCUCUCUUUGCCUCCCGUCUGUGCUGAGUCGCACAAGCAUACAAUCUCCAAUAAGCGUAAACGCGUUUUUUUUUCUUUCUUUGGAAGGUUCGUCCCAACGUUAUAGACCCUUCGUGGCGCGCACGUCCCUUAUUUAGAGCUCCACUCCAUCCAGUCCUUCACACACGUUGGCUGCGAGUGGUUGGAUGUCUCUUGUUUCGACAUAUAGAAAAAACUUUCUCUUCUCUUUGUUCCGUUCUGCAGAUACCUCAACUUCUUCAACUCCGGCUUUUGCUACGCAAACGGUUUUUCUCGUCGUUUCUCUAUAGACUCCAUCACUCUCCUUCUUUUCUUUUGCUUACCAUCCUGAAAAGGGAUCUUCUGUUGUGCUUCGCCGAUCAACUCCAUCGCCAUGUCCGAUCCUUCCCUGACUGUCGUGAAUCGCAAGGGCGAGGUGCAGGUGUAUGAUGCCAAUAAAGUCCGCCGCCGCUUCGAGAGUGUGCUGGGCGGUCUCGACAGCAGCAACCUCGACAUCAACAUGCUCACAGAGAACGUGACGCGUGGCCUCACUGAUCAGAUUGGCUGCGAGCAGCUGGAGGAGUUGAUUGCGCAGACGGCGGCGUACUCCGUCACGAAGCACCCCGAUUACGGUCGCAUGGGCGGCCGCCUCUGCACGUCGGCGUUGCACAAGACCACAAACCCGUCGGUGCUGGAGACGUUCCGCCUGCUGCACGACCACGUCACACUGCAGACCAAGAAGGCUUCGCCGUUGAUUGCCGAAGACGUCUGGGAAGUCGUCCAGGCGCACAAAGACGAGCUGCAGGAGAUGAUCGAUUACUCGCGUGAUAUGAACUUCGAGUUCUUCGGCUUCAAGACACUGGAGCGCUCCUACCUGCUGCGCGUCGAGACGAAGCGUGGCGAGAUGCGGAUUGUGGAACGUCCUCAGCAGCUGUUCCUGCGUGUCGCUCUCGGCAUCCACCUCGCUGACAUGAAUAACGUGCGUGCGACGUAUGACCUGAUGUCGCAGGGCUUCUUCACGCACGCCACGCCCACCCUCUUCAAUGCCGGAACGCCGAAGCCGCAGAUGAGCUCGUGCUUCUUGGUCGCUUCGAAGGAGGACAGCAUCGAUGGCAUUUACGAUACCCUGAAGGAAUGCGCCGUCAUCAGCAAAGCGGCGGGCGGCGUUGGCCUGCACGUGCACAACAUCCGCGCCGCUGGCAGCUACAUUGCCGGCACGAACGGUACGUCGAACGGGCUUGUGCCGAUGCUGCGCGUGUUCAACAACACCGCUCGCUACGUGGACCAGGGCGGCGGUAAGCGCAAGGGUGCCUUCGCCGUGUAUCUGGAGCCGUGGCACGCCGAUAUCUUCGGCUUCAUGCUGCUGAAGCGCAACACCGGCAAGGAUGACCAGCGCGCGCGUGACCUCUUCUACGCCCUGUGGGUGCCUGAUCUGUUCAUGAAGCGCGUGGAGAACGAGGGGAAGUGGACGCUGAUGGACCCGCACACGUGCCCGGGCUUGAGCGACUGCUACGGUGAGGAGUUUGAGCGCUUGUACGAGCGCUACGAGGAGGAGGGCCGCGGCGUGCAGACCAUUGCGGCCCAGGAUGUGUGGUUCGCUAUCCUCGAGUCGCAGGUGGAGACAGGUGUGCCGUUCAUCCUGUUCAAGGACGCGUGCAACAGCAAGUCGAACCAGAAGAACCUCGGCACGAUCAAGUGCUCGAACCUGUGCACGGAGAUUAUUGAGUACACGUCGCCGGAGGAGACUGCCGUGUGCAACCUCGCCUCCAUCGCGCUGCCCCGCUUCGUCGACAUGGAGAACAAGCGGUUCGAUCACACGCACCUCUACAAGGUCACGAAGCAGAUCACCCGCAACCUGAACCGUGUGAUUGACCGCAACUACUACCCCGUGGAGAACGCGCGCCGCAGCAACAUGCGCAACCGCCCCAUCGGCCUCGGAGUACAAGGUCUGGCCGAUGCAUUCAUCCUGCUACGUCUGCCCUUCGCGAGUGAGGCGGCGCAGACGUUGAAUACAGAAAUCUUCGAGACGAUCUACUUCGCUGCCGUGGAGGCAUCGAUGGAGAUGGCGCAGGAGGAGGGUCCCUACGAGACCUUCCCGGGCAGCCCGGCCAGCCGGGGUAUUCUGCAGUUCGACAUGUGGAAGAACCCUCGCCCGAACAGCGGGCGCUGGAAAUGGGACGCCCUCAAGGAAAAGGUGGUGGAAUUCGGCAUGCGCAACUCUCUGCUGCUCGCCCCAAUGCCCACGGCGUCCACCUCGCAGAUUCUCGGCAACAACGAGUGCUUCGAGCCCUUCACCUCCAACAUCUACGUGCGCCGUGUGCUGAGCGGCGAGUUCCCGGUGGUCAACAAGUACCUCGUGAUGGACCUGAUCGCGCUCGGACUGUGGGAUGAGCGGAUGCGCAACGAAAUCAUCACCUUCAACGGAUCUAUCCAGACGAUCGAAGGCAUUCCCGACGACCUCAAGGAGCUCUAUCGCACCGUGUGGGAGAUCCCGCAGCGUACGCUGAUCGACAUGGCCCGUGACCGCGGCCAGUACAUUGACCAAUCGCAGUCGUUGAACCUGUUCCUACAGAGCCCUUCCUCUGGCCAGAUCACAUCAAUGCUCUUCUACGCGUGGAAGUGCGGACUGAAGACGGGUAUGUACUACCUGCGCACGAAGGCGGCAGCCGACGCGAUUAAGUUUACGGUUGACGCCAAGCGAAUGAAGGAGGUUAAGGACCUUGAGAACUCGCAGGUGCGCUCGUCGCAGCGUGGGUCGCAGCAGCCGGAGGAAUGCGUGAACUGCGGGUCUUAA